AUGCUUCCGCUGCUCGUCUCCCCGCUAGCGCGCGCGGAAUCCGCGCUUCUCCGCCGCCCUGCGCCUCCCCCUGCAACCGGCGCGCCCGCGGCCGACCAGGAUGUGAUAUGGGAGCUCCACGGUGACAGGUGGCGGCGCCUGAUUGGCGGAGACAGUAGCAGCAGCAGCAGCGCAAGCAGCAAUAGGGGGAAGGGCCAGCUAAGGGUGGAAGUUGAAUUGGAAGGCGAGGAAGCUGCUAACGCGUACGAGGAGGAACACGGACGCGUUGUAAAGGGGAUCGUUACAAGCACGGGGAAUGGCAAUGGGAAGGCCGCAGGGGGUAGGGUUUUAGCGGGGGAGGAGGAUGAGCGGAGCAGAGGGGGGGAUAUGGUUGCGCGGGUGGUGAGGGGAGUGAAAGCGGCGGUGGUGAGAUGGAUGUUACCAGAGGGUUAUCCCGAUAGUGUGACUCCUGACUAUAUGGAGUACACAGUGUGGCGCAUGCGGCAAACAGUGGCGAGCGAAAUGAACCACGUGCUUACAACGCAGGCAAUGCUGUACGCAGUGGGGCUGGGCAAGGGCGCCAUCCCAGCAGCAGCCGCGGUCAACUGGGUCCUAAAAGACGGGCUGGGCUACGCUGCAAAAGUCACGCUCUCCCAGUUCGGCCGCCAUUUCGACGUCUCCCCCAAGCGCUCGCGCCUGCUCUCCGACCUCGUUGAGAACCUCUCCGCCUCCCUCGAGCUCCUCACAGCCACCUUCCCGCAGUACUUCGUCCAGCUGGCCGCUGCAGCCGGGGCAGGGUUCUCUGCUUCCAGCCUCGUGCAGAGUGCCACGAGAAACCGGUUUUACGCCGGGCUGGCAGGCAGAAGAAAUUUCGCCGAGAAUCUCUCCGCUUCCCUCGAGCUCCUCACGGCCACCUUCCCGCAGUACUUCGUUCAGCUGGCCGCCGCUGCCGGGGCGGGGUUCUCUGCCUCGAGCCUCGUGCAGAGUGCCACGAGAAACCGGUUUUACGCCGGGCUGGCAGGCAGAAGAAACUUUGCCGAGGUGCUAGCACGUGCAGAGGCACAGGGCAUGGUGAGCAAGACAUUGGGGAUGGCCCUGGGUAUCGCCAUCGCUCCACACGUCUUGGCGCGGGCAGAGGCACAAGGCAUGGUGAGCAAGACAUUGGGGAUGGCUCUAGGCAUCGCCAUUGCUCCUCACGUAGGCACCAGGGGUCAUCUGCUGUGGCUGAUCCACGCAUGCCCUGCUGUCCGGCCCACCCAUGUGAUUGUACUUCACUUUCUGCUCCUCCCCUUCCUCUCCCCACAGGUGCUAGCACGUGCAGAGGCACAGGGCAUGGUGCUAGCACGCGCAGAGGCACAGGGCAUGGUGAGCAAGACAUUGGGGAUGGCACUAGGCAUCGUCGUUGCUCCUCACGUGGGCACCCGGGGCCCUCUACUGUGGGCAACUCAUGGCCUGCUGUCCGCCGCCCACCUGUUUUGCAACUACCGCUCGUACAAGGCCGUUCAACUCAGGACGCUCAACCCCUUCAGAGCAGAUAUUGUCCUGGCAGAGUACGUGACCAAUGGCAGGGUGCCAGGUGUCAUCGAAGCGUCCCCUCCACCUCUCCCCGGCACAGGUAGCGAGAACUGGAUUGAGUUCGGAGUGCCCUUGGCAAGUAGGCAGCAGUGGCUCACACAGACAGACGUCUCAACACUCCCUUACUCCCAUUCCACCCGAACCCCCUCCCCUCCUCCCCUUUCCAGGCCUCUCCCCCUCCUCGUCCAGGCACAGGCAGCGUCUCCUCCACCCCUUCCCGGCACAGGGAGUGAGAACUGGAUCGAAUUUGGGGUGCCCUUGGCCGCAGUGGCGCACACAGAGCGGGAGGCUGAGACCAUGGCUGAUAUAUUCCGAGGAGAGAAGUACCUGCUUGGGAGGGACGAGCGUACGGGGCAGAUGCAGUGGGAGGAGGCAGAGGCGGUGGCUGGGAUGGGAUAUGCCGAGGAGAGAAGUACCUCCUUUGACAGGACGAGCGUAGUGUUGAAGGAAGGAGCACUCCCUCGGGACUUCCUCAGAGCGGCCCUGCAAGCCGCCUACCUCCGCACUCUAUCUCCACACGUCCUCUGCCCCACCAUUCAUUCCCUCGCCCCCCAAGCGCGCACCCACGUCCAAGCCCGCGCCGCCGAGUUUUCCUCCUUGGGGAAGCAGAUCAAGGUGCUGCAUGCUCUCCUCUUCCCCUCACAUCUAUUCCUUCUCCUCUCAUCCCCAUGCCUUCUCACCCUGCAACCACCAUCCAUGCAGGUAGUGUUGAAGGAGGGGGCACUCCCAAGGGAUUUCCUCAGAGCGGCCCUGCAAGCCGCCUACCUCCGCACCCUCUCUCCACACGUCCUCUGCCCCACCAUCCACUCUCUCGCACCCCAAGCGCGCACCCACGUCCAAGCCCGCGCAGCCGAAUUCGCUUCCUUGGGGAAGCUAGAGGUGCUGCAUGCUUCGUAUGACCGCAUGGCUGCGGGGUUUGAUGGGUUGUGUGAGGCGCUGAGAGCGAAUGGGUGGCGCUGUGACGAUGGCUUGUUGGCUCGGCCAGGAGACUGGCGACUGCUGCUGGCACCUGAGGAGAAGAGGAAAUGA